UCGAGUCUACAUGGCAUUACAGCGCAGACUGAUAUCGGAACAACUGACUGAACAAGCAAUGAAGCUCUGCAGCGCCGACGCAAUUCCAAACAAUCUGAAUAAAAAAGCUGACCCAAAUACGCCGCCCAAAGGAAGGUUUAGACGUAGGAUUGAACAGUCCGACUUACCUCCUCCAGUCAUUGACAUUAAUUGCAGAUCCGCGCAGUCAGCCAGCUUCGAAUCUCGGGAAACACAAAGGCUCUGCAUUUGGUAGAAAAAGGCAGAAAACAGCGAGGAUCAGGCAAAUUAACGGAAUUUGAAGAAGCGGCGAUUAGUCUAUCGACAGGGGCACACGGGGCAUUUCACUUAACAGAGCUGCAGAGAGCCAUCUCAUCUUCUCACAGUGGGGGAAUUCCAACCACAGCUUUAAAAAAGGGAAAAUGAAUCGGCUGUUGUGACCAGAAGGGUCAGACGACGGGCUCUGUUACACAGACAUCUGAGAACCUCUUUUGAUGGACAAGACAGAUACAAAGGAAAGUUGAUCUUUUUAUAGACUUGGAUUGUUAAAAUCGAAUCUAUCUUUCCCUCUACCAGCAGAUGCCAUUUUUGUGCUUGUUCCUAUGUGUCACUCACUUUGCACCUUUGAGACUGUGGACAUGCUCCAGCAGAACAAUAACAACAAUUACUUGUGCUUCGAAGCGGGGCUUAGUAGGAGGAAAAUUAUCUUAGCGAGCUGCAGUCGAGGCAGCGGUGGAAAAGGAGGAGGAGGAGGAGGAGGAGGAGGAGAUGGCAGCACCCAUCACCGGGAUAAUCCGCUGCAGGCCGUGUUUAAGAACAGUUUUGGUUUUCAGUACCAGGCUCACAAGAUAAAGGCUUUCAGAAGCAAGGGGGGUAAUAAUAUCUACAACAAUGGAAAGAACAAGACAGGAGCUCAAAAGAAACAACGUCAGCCCUGCUUGUCAGCUCCAGAUAGGAUUACAACCGGAAAGACAGGUUCUGUUUCAGAUUCUUUAGCGAAGGUACCCGCAAAUCAGAAAAUUAGUAUCAGCAAGUCCCAGGAAGGAGAGAAUGGCACAAGUCUGAGAACAGAUCUUGGCGUGUGGAGAAGAACAGGAAACGCCAACCAGACGGGGUCAGCGGUAACUAUAGCAACUUUACAAACUUCCGCACUGAGCCAACUGCAGUCGGGGAAAACAGAAGAGAACUCCAGACUGCAUUCCAAGGAUGGAUAUGAACACAUGACUGGGAAAGAGGACAGCAGGACUGUUGUGUCUCCCACUUCAGUUCUGACACUAGAGAAGGAAAGAGGAGACGGCUUACCUGAAACAAAGGGGACUCUCUCAGAACUUCGCAGAAAUGCAGAGAUUUCUCCAAAGGACAACAAGGCAGGCACAGAGAAACUGAAACCUGAUCUCCAUCCUUCUGGAAACGUAGAUAUGAAUGAACUGGACGUUACCUGUGAUGUGCUUCAAAACAACAAAAUGCAUUUUGAAGGAAGAAGGUGGGCUGACACUUCUGGGUCACCGACAGAUGACUUGUACAAUGCAGUUAAAAGUGAAAUUGAAGGAUCUGCAUGUCCUGAAGGUAUAUGCUAUCAGUGUGACAAGGGCUCGGCUCCUGACCCUGAGGAAAUGACUGACAAAACAAUACAUGCCUCCCAACUGCAUGUCGAAGCUGAAAUGGCCUCCGCAGUGCAGAGGAAGACAAGCAAAGAAGGUGGACAAAUGCGAUCAAAAGCAGAGGAACCAACAAGUAAGCUUGUGGAGCUUUGGACGCACACAGGAAUGAUACGUGAAGCUGCCGAGAAGCACAUCGAGGAUCAUCAAAGCACUGAUAGGCAGAGCUGGACAGAAAAGGCCUGUGUGAGUCCAGUGGGCACAAAACAAUGUCCAGAGACGUGCUGUAGCCUGACCCCACAUUGCAAGGCUGGAAAUCAGAUUGCAGUACCAACUAGUAGUGGUGGAGCUAAACUGUCUGAUGUCAUUGCCAAAGACAUAAUAGAGCCGGGUGAAGCCAAGAGUAAAACGGGGUGGCAGGCAAUUUUUAAUCAGUUUACCACCACAGAGCAAAGCGUGGAAGAGAAAACCAGCAUUGCUGCAGUGCCAAAUGAUUCCCAUUGUUUUGCACCUGCUUGGAAAGGCUCAUUGACAAGAGAAGGGCCAGCGGAAUUCAUUUCGGGAGCCAGAGGUGAAGUACCGGACGCUGCGUCUGCACAGGAGCAACAUGAUGAAGGAACACACACAGACUUCCUUUCAGUAUCUUUACAAAAUCAGAGUUUCGACGGUCCCACUGCGGCGCCGCUGAAUCUGGCAGGCCAUGUAACUAUGGCAACUCUUCCAUCUCAGAAAGACCUGCCAACGGAGGUGAAAGGUCAUGUUGCACUUGGCACGGAGCUGGAGAUUAGUAAUCAGGGAAGUUCCUGGUCUAAUGAUGGGGUAAGCCCGAGUAUUGAUCUGUCGGAGGAAGAUGAUGAAUUCGGCCUUUUCGAAAAGGCAGGGAAUCGCCAGCACUGGGAUGAAUGUUUUGCGGAAUUUAACCAAAUGCCUUAUGGGAAGAAAAGUGAUGAUGUUCCAGUUAAUUCCUCGGCCAACUUGGAAGAGAGUUGGACAGCUUUUUCCUGUGAAGAUGGCAGUGAGAGCUGGAAUUCUGACAAAUGGACACAACAGCAAACAGAUGACCAUGGCCAGUGGUGGGCUACCAGUGCUGUGGAGGAUUCCUGGAAGCAAAGCAAAGAUCUGUCCUCCCUGUUUCAGGGCUGUUUCCCUCCAGUUUCGCCUCAGUCUGCUGAUCCAGAGGAGGUCUUUCCGCUGCACCACACCUUGAACAGGAGAUCUCAGAAGGAAAGCAAAGAUGAAAACAGGCAGGAAGUCCAGCUGUGGGAGUGUCUCCAAGAGAUCCAUGAAGCAACUGGCUUGAAGCACAAGUGGGCAGGCUCAGUUGCCCAAAAGGUUUUGCAGCAUUCUCUUCAUAUUCUCCCUGUCAGUAAGGAAAAUGAAACCCAGUCACAACCAAGUGGGUGCAGCCCCCCUCAUCACCUGAAAACUUCAUAUCAGCAGUCACCAUGUGAAUGGCAGACCUGGGCAAAAGCUGCCUUUGACAUCAACAGGAACUUGCUGGCUUGAAUUCUCCUUCUCUGUCUUAUUUUCUAUUCUAAUCUUCAUGCAAAAUUUAAAAUAAUGAGCGAUUUUAUUUUUGUACUGUAUAUGGAAACUUACUCAGCAAAGACUAUUGUCACAAUAGGCUGGAAGCCUGUUGUUAGAUUGAUGGCGGUGGAGGAGACAUGUCAUAGUAGAAGGUGGGAAGAUCUGUAGAAGCCCUUUAACUUUUCCCGAUUCACUCCGACCCCUGGGGUCAAAACCAGCCUGCCUGCUCUAAAAAAAAAUGAAGCUCACUCUCUGUUGUGUGAAUUUCAGUUUAAGGCACUUCUGUUUUCAGUCUGCAGUGGAGGAUUCUGUCCAAGGCAGGGAGGACUGAGCUAUGUGCAUUCAAGCCAACUGCAUAGCCACCAUUACAAACACAAAUUGAUGGUAUACAACACUGCACAUUUCUUUUUAAGAUUAUGUAAAAUGGGAACAAACUGACCUGUUGGGAAUGUGUGUAAUGGUAACAGCUGGACGUAUGCUUCUCAUAAGAGGAUUUCCACAAUCUGAGUCACCCAAAAAUUCACAAUGUUUGGUACGAAAUUUAGCAAAAAAAAAAAAAAGAAAAAUAAGUACAAGAAAUUAUAUAAUUAGCACAGAGUGCUGUUUUCCUAAAAAAAAGGAAAAAAAUUGUUCUUUUACCAGAACCUUUCUAGAUGCAGGGUUAUUUUUAUGAAGAACAAUCCUGUUUCUUAUUCACUCCAGGUCAGGAGGUCCUCAGGUCUUCUAGGCCCACAGUGGCUGCAGGUUUUUGUUCCAACCCAACUUCUGAAUCAGAAGCCCAUCCUUGCUAAUAAGAGAACUUGUUAUUUAAUUUUAUAGCUUUCAUUCGGCCGUGUCAGGUCAUUCUUAUACUGUAGGGUUUUCCUUUCCAAGCUUAUCAUGCAAAUGAUUUGUGGCACAGAAGGGAUCAUUAAUUCUAAAUGUUCACUUUCUUCUCUUUCAUUUUUUUUCCCAUAUCCAUAUUACUAACCGAGAAUGGUAAACCGGAUGGCAUGGACGCAGGUACACGGCGAUGGGACCAUGAGACAUACUGUGUAGGCACGUACAGCACGCAUCUCAUAAACCGCAAGCGAAGUCGUAUCCACCGCGAACGAAGGAGUCACGGCCCAAAAACGAAAGAGCUCAACUGACGUGAAUGAGAAAUGAAGCAACAACGCGCCCAUAGCUAAUGACACAGCCACACAAAAAAGAGGAUUCUGUGCUGCAGCCCAGAUUCAAACAGAAGAGGCUACAAAGGCCCCACAGGUCCACAAAGAUAGUACGGAAGGCGCGGGAAAGUACGAAAGGCAAAGGCACCUAUACAGCAUAGUGAAACCCGACAUAGUACGGAAGGCGCAGGCGUCACCGCCAUAUUAUGAGUGGCACUACUGCAGAGUGAAGUUAGGAAUAAUGUGCUGCUUGGGAUUGUACAAACCGCUGAACGCUUUACACCAAAUUCAAACACAAUACAGCUCAACGAUACAAACACGAGCCCACCUGGAUAAGAUCAAUGAACGCAGGUGCCUACAACGUGCGUCUGAAACUGCGGAAGCAAAGCAGGCACGGGUUCAAAACGAACGAGCUCGACUGACGGAUAUACAAACACGAGCCCGCCUGGAUAAAAUCAAAGAACGCAGGUGCCUACAACACGCGUCUGAAAUGCCGCGGGCACGGCUCCAAAACGAACGAGCUCAACUAAUGUAUUUCAGGAUACCCAACACCAGGGGUAGGCAAGCGAAGUGAGCAGGGGGUGGAGCCCCCUUGUAUUCUAUUAAACAGACACCAGAUGAAAACAAGUUAUUUGACCCAACAAGUUUGCCAAUCCUACCCACUUAAUUCCACAAAAUAACAUCAAGUGGAGUUUUGAAAGUCUCUAAAGUCCAACUGUCUAAUUUAUUCCAUGUGUCUAUGGUUCUCUGAGUGAAGAAAAACCUCCUAAUGUUUGUGUGAAAUUCACCAGUUAUACGUUUCCAGCUGUGUCUCCAUGCUCCUGAUGAACUCAUUUUAAAAUAACAGCCUGGAUCCACUGCACUAAUUCCAUUCAUAAUUUUAAACACUUCAAUCAUGUCUUCUCUUAAUCUCCUUUUGCUUAAACUGAAAAACUUUGCAACAUUUGUGCAAAAUUUACUGAUAGCAAGUUUCCAACUGUGUCCCCGUGUUCUUGAUGAACUCAUUUUAAAAAAACAGCCUGGAUCCACUGUAUUAAUUUCCUUUCAAUAUUCUUAAACACUUCAAUCAUGUCCAUUUGCUUAAUCUAAAAAGCUUCAACUCCUUCAAUCUCUCCUCAUACCUUUUAGUCCCGUGAAGCAGCCCAGUCACUCAUCAUCUGGACAUUUUCUAGUGCUGUUUUAUCUUUUUUGUAAUAUGGAGACCAGAACUGAACACAAUACAUCAGUUGAGGUCUUACCAGGGCAUUAUAUAACUUAACCAUAACCUCCCUUGGCUUGUACUCCACGUCUCAUGAUUUAUAACCUAACAUCCUAUUAGCGUUCUUGAUCAUUUCUGUAGACUGCUCUGAUCUUUAUAGUGAUGAGUCCACUUUGACUCCCAGGUCCUUCCCAUAAGCAGUAUCAACAAGUUUGAGACUGUCCGUUGUGUACUUCAAAAUGAGCACACAGAAUGGUGGGAAUGGGACCAGGUUAACUGGUGAACUGCUGCCUGUUUUGUCAUUUGCAUCUCAUUUUUAAUUAGCAGCUGGCUAAGAAAAUGAGAAGCAAUUUUAUAUAAUAUGGAGAAUGCAGCUGGUUCAGACUAAAAGAAGCAAGUAAAGGUCAGGAAUCUCAACAAGUGAGUAAUUGCUUCAGCAUCACUCACUACCUUCUAUUUAAGACACUGGGUUUGACCAAAAACUAGCAGCUACUGGGACCUCCAGGAAUGAACUUGAGGACCACUGCCUAAGAGGCUGCAUUACACUCCUUUCAUCAGCUUGUAGCAAAUCCUUACCUCUCUGUUUACAACGCCCAGUUGAUCCUUUGGGAGUGAAUAGCCAUUGAGAACUUUUAUGAAAGUGGAGGGACAAGAAGCACCAGCAGUAUUAUAAUUUGACAAAGCCAUAGCGAAUCUUGCAGAAAAAAAGUUUGUAAGCUGGUACCAGAGAGCAAAUAAAACUGUAGAAAGGUGUAAGCUGGCAGGCUGCUAAGGGUAACGUAACAUUGCAGAGUGUUAACAUCAUGGCAUUGAUUUAUCCCACAACACCAGGAAUGCAAUAUAUGAAUGCAGCCAAUUAUCUCAAUAUAACUUGUCGACAGUUAGAUGGGUUCUGUACUGCCAAGUGGUGGUACAACAGCAGGCCACAAGGGCAAAAAGUAAAGGAUGGAAGAUACCAAACCAUACCUCCCGGGGAAGGUUGUGGGGAGCUGGAGCCUAAUCCAGCAUACAUAGGAUGCAGGGCAGGAAUAAUCCAUGCAAGUGUCAAAACCAGAAAGUUAAUCCCAUCUUUUGGUCAAAACCAAAUGUUAACCAAAGCUUGUUGUCAGAAAAACAAAGUCUUGAGAUCCUUUGCCUUAAAUCAAAUCCUGAAGCACUGAGAAACAAUGGCUAGAACUCAAAAGCUUGAAUGACAUUUGUUGUGUGCUGCCAGAAUGCACAUCGCCGCUCCAAUGAUCCCACCAGAUGCAACCACCGUGACUGUGUCCCCUAGCUGUACUAGCACUGAGAAGGUAGUAAAGAAAUUUUAAAUAAAGGAUCAGAAGAAGAGAUGACCAUCAGAAAAACCAGCAAAGAAACAUAACCAGGGAGUCAAUGAAGCACAAUCAUGAAUCUAAAAUCAAACUGAAAAUAUGAAGUACAGAAAGUACACGUUAUUCUUUUGUUAGUUUUUUUUCCACAGACUCAGAUAUAAAAUGUCCAUCGAGACAACUGUUUCAGCUUUCAACAAUUGACCUCUUGGAGUUGUCACCCCCAAGUUUACAAUCCUGGCAACAGACCUAUAUCAUAACGAUGGAAUUCAUAAAAUGGUGGCACCCAAAAAAAAAAAUUAAAUGCAGUUAUGGAAUAUUACUAACAAAUCAUAAGACCCUUAAAAUUACCUAAAAACUGACAUUUUAGCUUUGGAAUUAGAAUUGCUAAGUAUGAGAACCUCAGAAAAUAGGCCUAAAUCACCAGAAUCCAUUCAGGAUAAGACACAAAAAAAUUAAAGAAAAAUGAAAAAUUUAGGGGUGUCACAGUGGUGCAGUGGGUAGCGCUGGUGCCUCUCAGUUAGGAGACCCGAGUUCACUUCCUGGGUCCUCCCUGCGUGGAGUUUGCAUGUUCUCUCCGUGUCUGCUUGGGUUUCCCCCCACAGUCCAAAGACAUGCAGGUUAGGUGCAUUGGUGAUUCUAAAUUGUGCUUGGUGUGAGUGUGUGUGUGUGCCCUGUGGUGGGCUGGCGCCCUGCCCAGGGUUUGUUUCUUGCCUUGCGCCCUGUAGUUAGGAUAUAGCAGGAUGGAUGAAAAUUUUAACACCGGCAGCCACACAACACUUUGUGGCAAUGAGACCACAAAAUAGUGAAGCCUGCAACGUAAACGUAAUGGUAAUUCUAAAAACAAAUAAUACUUUAAAUUAACAAAAUGAGAUAUUCCCAACAGGUUCUUCAGUGUACUCACCUACUAAUUUACUUUUUUAAUGGGAUAAUGCUCAAUGACUAAACGUCUUAGGACAUUCCAGGAACGUGACACAAACUUUAGUUUAAUUUAGGGGUCUCAUUGUUAACCAGCUUAUAAGGCAGUGGAGCAUAUGGGCGAGGAGAUGGAAUGUGAAGGGAUCUAACACCAGCUAAUUUGUAGAAACCGUACAUUAGAGCUGACACAGGCCAGCAACCCAGUGCAACACUUCUGACACCCACUUGGUGUCAUUCCACAAUGAAUGAAGGCAUUUCUGAAAGCAAAUGGGGGACAAACAAGCCAUUAGGCCACUUGAUACAUAACCACCAUAGGAAGUCUACGAGAAUGAUCUACUGUGUUACUUAUAAUCUUUUUUGUUUUCUCAUACAUAGCAAGUAGCACAACAGCUUCCUCUUGAGGUGACAAGCAGAAAGAAAUCUUUAUGACCUUUCUUUUUUAGAUUAUGUUAUGUCAUAUACUUAACUCUGCAGAUCAGACAGAAGUUGUAUGUAUUCCCCUGCUAAGCACUGUGCAAUGUUUUAGAAUGAGGGGACUUGGAGCACAAAACCCCUUUUAGUUUGUGCAGUAGGCUACUUUGAUUUGUUAACCUUUCAUGGUAGCUUAAGCCUACGUUUUUACAUCAAGGAUGACAUGACGGGACAGCAGUUAGUGGUGUUGUUUCACAGCUCCAGUCCCGGUCUGUACGGAGCUUGUACAUUGUCUUCGUGUCUGUGUAGCUUUUUCUCCUACAUCCUAAAGGUAUGCAUAUUUGAUCAAUGGGAGUCUCUAAAUUUACUCUGUGUGGGUGCAUGUGAGCGUAUCGUGGUGUCCCAUCCAGGGUUUUUUAUUGCCGUGCUUCUGAUGCUACCAGAAUAAGCUCAGAUCUCUAGUACUCUGAUGUUGAUUAAACAGAAACGAAAAUGGAGGAAGGUUCCAUCAGCUGAUUUAAUUCCAGUCAUGAAUUGUGAAAGGUUGUGACAUUUAACAACUACAGUGAACAAACACAGCUAACACAGGUGGAUGUUCUGCACCAUGGUUAGGGCAGAUCAGACUUUUCAGGGCUGGAUGAAGCACAAUUAAAGACCUGAGUGGAAACAUCUUUAGGACUGCAGGGAGACGGAGCCUAUCUCAGAAGCUUUGUGUUCAAAGCAGGAGGCAACACUGGAUGGGUGCUGAUCCAUCAUAUCCAAUGGGAACAGUUUUUUGAAAUUCAAACUGGGCCAGACAAGGACUAUUGUUAAAAACCUUUUUUUUUUAUUGUGAUCUAUCUGACAAUCUUGUUUUCUUUGUAUUUAGGAAUAACUGACUAACACUGAUAUCUCCUCAACUGCAGGCACCCAGGAUCAAUUCAUGGCCUGUCGUGUUUUUCUGUGGAGUUUGCAUGUUCUCCAGAUGUCCAAAUGUUUGUUUUAAUGGCCAAUUCUCACACAUUCCAAAAAUGUGUGGAUAAAAUUAUUGACAAAUCUAAACUGUGAAAGAAUGUGGGUGUGUGGAAGAGCGUGUAACAUCUACCAUUACUUCCUACCUUCCUUCCUUCCAUUUGGUGUUUCCAGGACAGGCACCAACUCUUUGAGACCUUAAACUGAACAAGUGAGUUUAGAAAAUCAACAGAUGUUCAUGGAAAUGAAACUUGGCUUUUAAACCAUUACAAUAAUCUAAAAGGGGUAAAUGAUUUACUACACAGUAUAUGAGUGAACUUGAGGUUUUCUUUGGAUUGGUUACGAGUAGACGCUGCAUUAACCUGGACAGGAAAUGUUCAAAGAAAAUAUUGUACGGUUUAGUUUAAUUGUUUAUUAACCAUAAGUAAUCUCACUUGCAACUAAAUAUGUCAGUACUGACAAAAAACAACUAUUUUUUGGCAAUAUUCAUUAGAAAAUUAAAAUCUGUAAAAGUUUGAAGAUCUUGUAACCUUAAUAAAAAAGACAAUAAACUGCUAA